GUGAAGAACUUCACAGACCUAACCCAAACUCUGCCAUUCUCCAUAGCCCGGAGUUACAAGCACACUGAGGACAAGAAAUAUCAAGAAAGUGAGAGGAAGAGAGAGAAGUAACUUACAAAAAACAAGAAAAUAAUAAAGCGAGGCUUCAAGCAUCGAGAAAGAGAGAGAGAGAGCGAGUACACGAAUACGCCAAAGUUUAGUUUGGAAAGCGUGGUGGAAAACUUCUGGGCUGUGGCAGAAAGCUGUGGACCGCGGAUGAUGCCAGGGCAAAGGUGUUGAAGGUUCCAGGAAAGAACAAGUGCUGACACGGUCCACACUAGGGGGCAGGCGAAGAAGCAACGCAUUUUGAGAUGGCUGACGAGAAGGAAACAAGGGAAGUGCUUUACCCACAGUGGAUGGGCCCUGACAAGCAUGGGCUCACCAUAGAACAAAAAGGUCAAGGAGAGAUUUUUGUCACAGAGGUUAAAGAAGAGUCCCCUGCUGCUCAUACUGGAAAUGUAUACGAAGGUGACCAAAUUGUGGGGGCCACCAUUUACUUUGACAACAUGAGCUCAGAAGAAACAGCUGAGCUACUGAAGACUCUAAAUCGACAUAAGGUUGGACUAAAAUUACAAAACAGGACUGGAGACAAGUCACCUUGCCGCUCUCCAAUGGGAACAUUGUCGUGGGAAGGACGUGGAGGGUUAGGAGGGUCUAGUUCAGACAUUCUCCUGAGUGGAGAUGACGAAGACUACAAAAGAAUCUUCACUAAGAAGAUUAAACCUAGACUGAAGUCUGAGGAUCUUGCUGAGGGUGUUGAUGUGCGUACAGAGCGUCACAGCAGCACAAGCAGUGAUGGUUGCACCGUUACUACAAUCACCCGAAGAAUAACUACCUACACUGUGGACAUGCCGGGGGGGACUAGUCAGCAGAUUGAUUCCACAAGCCCUGAGUUCAAAAUGCAGGUCUUGCAGCAUGAGCAGUCGGAGGGGGAUUCUUCUCAAAUCAGAUUACCACAUAGUAACCUUGUUAGCAGUGCACACGGAGGUAUAAAAAUGGGGGACAUAUCUGUUGGCGGGCCCCAUAUCACUGGCUCCUCUGUGAAGCACUGUAGCACAGGAUCUAUCACAGCAACAAGUGAAUUAGAUGGUAGUGGGAGAGAGAUUGCAUUUAAUGUGUCAGACACUGGAUUGUCAGGGGGGAAAGGACAGAGGAUGAUAGAACGUUUUGGAAGGACUGAAACUUCUACAGGCAGUAGUAAUCUCUCUGGCAAAGUAACCAUGGGGUUAGACAAAGAAGUGGGAAAUGUUUCUUCUCCAAUGGAAGCUGGUUUUAAAGCAUCAAGUGUGAUACGAGAAACUGGGUUUGCUACAGUUAAGGGCCCUGUUCCGAACACUCGUGUUUCAGGUUUUUCCAUUAGUGGAGAUUCAGGGGGCAGUUUUGGCAGGGAAUCUUUGUCUGAAACGCUUAAGGAUGGGUCUGAUGAUAAAACCAAAUUGUCUAAAUUUAGCGUAGAUGUUCAAGGGCCCAAGGUAAAUAUUAAACAUCCUAAAGCUGAAAUCAGCCAGGGUUCGGAUUUUGCCAUCCCAGAUCUAGACGCUAAAGGCAAGUUACCAAAAGUCGAAACUAGUGGAUCAGUUGUUCACGCAGAGGAAAUUGAUGGUGAACUCAGAAUAUCCCAUGUGAAAGAACCACAAUUUCAAACUAAACAGUUUACUGUAGAAAGUCCUAAUGUAGAAGUAAAUCAAAAUCUUAAAGAUGUUAGUCAAAGAGGUUUUAGCGUAACUGGCAAUCAGGAUCUGUCAGCUUCAUCAUUUAGAGUGAAAGGCACUAAUUUGGAGGGCUCCAAUUUGGGCACUGAUGUAAAACUGUCCUCAUUUGGACUUGAAGGUCCAAAGUUUCAGGCAACUGAUACAGUAGGAAGUCUCCCCGGAGCUAAUGUUAAAAUUACACAACCAGAUAUGGACAUCAGGGGUCCAGAAAAACACACUGAAGGACAUGAGGGUAAAGUCAAAGAAGCCAAAUUUAAUGUGCCAUCGAUCUCUGGUCAGGGAACUUAUAUGCCACAUGUAGACUUAAACCUGAAAGGACAAAAAGUGAAAGGAGAUGUUAAUGUGUACGUUCCAAAAGUUGAAGAUCGUGAGAGUGCUAAGGGUGACUUUACGGUUUCAAAGGUAAAAAUGCCCUCAUUUGGCAUGAAAAGUUCAGAAGAGAAGGGUUCAAAUAUUGAUGUAAAUCUUGGAAAAGCAGAAAUGGAGAUUAAAGCAAAAGAUGUAGAUAUCAAUACUCUAGAUCUUAACAUUGAGGGAUGUGAUAGGCAAGUUAAAGACAGCAAUGAAAAGAUAACAUCAAUUUCCGGUCCAACAGUUUCUUUACCUGAUGCGAACUUAAAUGUGAAGGGGCCAACACAGAACGUCUCCACUCUAAAAGUGAAAGGAGAUAUUAAAGCAUCGAAAGUUGAAAUUGAAGGCCCUGACACUGAGGAUUUUGAGGGUGCUUUUAAGCUACCAAAAAUCAAGAUGCCCUCCUUUGGAAUCAAAGGUCCUAAAGUGGAGGCACCUGAUGUUGACAUAAAUCUUCCCAAAGCAGACAUGGAAAUUAAAGCUCCAGAUGUGGAUAUCAAGGGUCCCGAGAUGGAAAAAUCUGAUGAAAAAAUCAAGAGCUCCAAAUUCAAGAUGCCAUCAAUCUCCGGUCCAAAGAUUUCCAUGCCAGAUGUGGACUUCAACCUGAAAGGCCAAAAACUUAAGGGUGAUGUUAAUGUGUCUGUUCCAAAAGUGGAAGGAGUCAUUAAACCUCCUAAAGUCAAUAUUGAAGGUGCAGACCUUGAAGGUCCUGAUGGUGAGUUUAAGAUGCCAAAAAUGAAAAUGCCAUCAUUUGGUAUCAAAGGUCAAAAAGUGGAGGGUCCAGAUAUAGACGUGAAAAUCCCAAAAGCCAAUAUUGAGGUUAAGGCACCAGAUGUGGAUAUUAAAGCUCCAGAGCUUGACAUUGAAGGACCUGAGGGAAAAAUUAAGGGCCCCAAAUUCAAGAUGCCAUCAAUCUCCGGUCCAAAUAUUUCCAUGACGGAUGUGGACCUGAAAGGCCCCAAACUUAAGGGUGAUAUUGAUGUGUCUGUUCCAAAAGUAGAAGGAGAUAUAAAAGCUCCAAAAGUCAAAAUUGAAGGCCCAGACCUUGAGGGCCCUGAGGGUGGGUUUAAGAUGCCAAAGAUCAAAAUGCCAUCAUUCGGAGUUAAAGGUCCAAAAGUGGACGGUUUAGACGUUGAUGGGAAAGUCUCAAAAGCCGAUAUUGAGGUUAAGGCACCAUAUGUAGAUAUCAAAACUCCAGAGCUUGACAUUGAAGCAGCUGAAGGAAAUAUCAAGGGCCACAAAGUCAAGAUGCCAUCACUUUCUGGUCCAAAUAUUACCAUGCCAGAUGUGGACUUCAACCUUAAAGGUCCAAAACUGAAAGGAGAAGUUGACGUGUCCGUUCCAAAAGUUAAAGGUGACAUCAACGCACCAAAAGUUGAAAUUGAAGGCCCAGACCUUGAAGGUCCUGAAGGUGGUUUUAAGAUGCCAAAGAUAAAAAUGCCAUCAUUUGGAGUUAAAAGUCCUAAAGUGGAGGGCCCAGAUGUUGACAUCAAUCUCCCAAAAGCAGAUGUUAAUGUUAAAGGACCUGAAAUUGACAUCAAAACGCCUGAUCUUAACAUUGAGGGACCUGAGGGAAAAAUCAAGGGCCCCAAGAUCAAAAUGCCAUCUAUGUCUGGCCCAAAGAUUUCCAUGCCAGAUGUAGACUUCAAUCUGAAAGGCCCAAAACGCAAAGGUGAUGUUGAUGUGUCCAUUCCAAAUGUGGAAGGAGAUAUUACAGCCCCAAAAGUUGAAAUUGAAGGCCCAGAACUUGAGGGUCCUGAGGGUGGUUUUAAGAUGCCAAAGAUCAAAAUGCCAUCAUUUGGAGUUAAAGGUACUAAAGUGGAGGGCCCAGAUGUUGACAUCAAUCUCCCAAAAGCAGACGUUAAAGGCCCUGAAAUUGACAUCAAAUCUCCCGAUCUUAACAUUGAGGGAUCUGAGGGAAAAAUCAAGGGCCCCAAGUUCAAAAUGCCAUCUAUAUCUGGCCCAAAGAUUUCUAUGCCAGAUGUUGACUUCAACCUGAAAGGCCCAAAACGCAAAGGUGAUGUUGAUGUGUCCAUUCCAAAAGUGGAAGGAGAUAUUAAAGCACCAAAAGUUGAAAUUGAAGGCCCAGACCUUGAGGGUCCUGAGGGUGGUUUUAAGAUGCCAAAGAUAAAAGUGCCAUCAUUUGAAGUUAAAGGUCCUAAAGUGGAGGGCCCAGAUAUUGACAUCAAUCUCCCAAAAGCAGAUGUUAAAGGACCUGAAAUUGACAUCAAAACUCCUGAUCUUAACAUUGAGGGACCUGAUGGAAAAAUCAAGGGCCCCAAAUUCAAAAUGCCAUCAAUCUCUGGUCCAAAAAUUUCAAUGCCAGAUGUUGACUUCAACCUGAAAGGCCCAAAACUCAAAGGUGAUGUUGAUGUAUCAGUUCCAAAAGUUAAAGGUGACAUCAAAGCACCAGAAGUAGAUAUCAAGGGUCCUGAGCUUGAUAUUGAGGGUCCUGAGGGAAAAACUAAGGGCCCCAAAUUCAAAAUGCCUUCUAUGUCUGGCCCAAAGAUUUCUAUGCCAGAUGUUGACUUCAACCUGAAAGGCCCAAAACUCAAAGGAGAUGUUGAUGUGUCCAUUCCAAAAGUGGAAGGAGAGAUUAAAGGACCAAAAGUUGAAAUUGAAGGACCAGACCUUGAGGGCCCCGAGGGUGGUUUUAAGAUGCCAAAGUUCAAAAUGCCAUCAUUUGGAGUUAAAGGUCCUAAAGUGGAGGGCCCAGAUGUUGACAUCAAUCUCCCAAAAGCAGAUGUUAAUGUUAAAGGUCCUGAAAUUGACAUCAAAUCUCCCGAUCUAAACAUUGAGGGACCUGAGGGAAAAAUCAAGGGCCCCAAGUUCAAAAUGCCAUCUAUGUCUGGCCCAAAGAUUUCUAUGCCAGAUGUGGACUUCAACAUGAAAGGCCCAAAACUCAAAGGUGAUGUUGAUGUGUCCAUUCCAAAAGUGGAAGGAGAUAUUAAAGCACCAAAAGUUGAAAUUGAAGGCCCCGACCUUGAGGGUCCUGAGGGUGGUUUUAAGAUGCCAAAGUUCAAAAUGCCAUCAUUUGGAGUUAAAGGUCCUAAAGUGGAGGGCCCAGAUGUUGACAUUAAUCUACCAAAAGCAGAUGUUAAUAUUGAAGGACCUGCAAUUGACAUCAAAACGCCUGAUCUUAACAUUGAGGGGCCCGAGGGAAAAAUCAAGGGCCCCAAAUUCAAAAUGCCAUCUAUGUCUGGCCCAAAGAUUUCUAUGCCAGAUGUUGACUUCAACCUGAAAGGUCCAAAACUCAAAGGUGAUGUUGAUGUAUCAGUUCCAAAAGUUAAAGGUGACAUCAAAGCACCAGAAGUAGAUAUCAAGAGUCCAGAGCUUGAUAUUGAGGGUCCUGAGGGAAAAAUCAAGGGCCCCAAAUUCAAAAUGCCAUCUAUGUCUGGCCCAAAGAUUUCUAUGCCAGAUGUUGACUUCAACCUGAAAGGCCCAAAACUCAAAGGAGAUGUUGAUGUGUCCAUUCCAAAAGUGGAAGGAGAUAUUAAAGCACCAAAAGUUGAGAUUGAAGGACCAGACCUUGAGGGUCCCGAGGGUGGUUUUAAGAUGCCAAAGUUCAAAAUGCCAUCAUUUGGAGUUAAAGGUCCUAAAGUGGAGGGCCCAGAUGUUGCCAUCAAUCUCCCAAAAGCAGAUGUUAAUGUUAAAGGUCCUGAAAUUGACAUCAAAACUUCCGAUCUUAACAUUGAGGGACCUGAAGGAAAAAUCAAGGGUCCCAAGUUCAAAAUGCCAUCUAUGUCUGGCCCAAAAAUUUCUAUGCCAGAUGUGGACUUCAACCUGAAAGGCCCAAAACUCAAAGGUGAUGUUGAUGUGUCCAUUCCAAAAGUGGAAGGAGAUAUUAAAGCACCAAAAGUUGAAAUAGAAGGCCCAGACCUUGAGGGUCCCGAGGGAGGUUUUAAGAUGCCAAAAUUCAAAAUGCCAUCAUUUGGAGUUAAAGGUCCUAAAGGGGAGGGCCCAGAUGUUGACAUCAAUCUCCCAAAAGCAGAUGUUAAAGGACCUGAAAUUGACAUCAAAACUCCUGAUCUUGACAUUGAAGGACCUGAGGGAAAAAUCAAGGGCCCCAAGUUCAAAAUGCCAUCUAUGUCUGGCCCAAAGAUUUCUAUGCCAGAUGUUGACUUCAACCUGAAAGGCCCAAAACUCAAAGGUGAUGUUGAUGUGUCCAUUCCAAAAGUGGAAGGAGAUAUUAAAGCACCAAAAGUUGAAAUUGAAGGCCCAGACCUUGAGGGUCCCGAGGGAGGUUUUAAGAUGCCAAAAUUCAAAAUGCCAUCAUUUGGAGUUAAAGGUCCUAAAGGGGAGGGCCCAGAUGUUGACAUCAAUCUCCCAAAAGCAGAUGUUAAAGGACCUGAAAUUGACAUCAAAACUCCUGAUCUUGACAUUGAAGGACCUGAGGGAAAAAUCAAGGGCCCCAAGUUCAAAAUGCCAUCUAUGUCUGGCCCAAAGAUUUCUAUGCCAGAUGUGGACUUCAACCUGAAAGGCCCAAAACUCAAAGGUGAUGUUGAUGUGUCCAUUCCAAAAGUGGAAGGAGAUAUUAAAGCACCAAAAGUUGAGAUUGAAGGACCAGACCUUGAGGGUCCCGAGGGUGGUUUUAAGAUGCCAAAGUUCAAAAUGCCAUCAUUUGGAGUUAAAGGUCCUAAAGUGGAGGGCCCAGAUGUUGCCAUCAAUCUCCCAAAAGCAGAUGUUAAUGUUAAAGGUCCUGAAAUUGACAUCAAAACUUCCGAUCUUAACAUUGAGGGACCUGAAGGAAAAAUCAAGGGUCCCAAGUUCAAAAUGCCAUCUAUGUCUGGCCCAAAAAUUUCUAUGCCAGAUGUGGACUUCAACCUGAAAGGCCCAAAACUCAAAGGUGAUGUUGAUGUGUCCAUUCCAAAAGUGGAAGGAGAUAUUAAAGCACCAAAAGUUGAAAUUGAAGGCCCAGACCUUGAGGGUCCCGAGGGAGGUUUUAAGAUGCCAAAGUUCAAAAUGCCAUCAUUUGGAGUUAAAGGUCCUAAAGGGGAGGGCCCAGAUGUUGACAUCAAUCUCCCAAAAGCAGAUGUUAAAGGACCUGAAAUUGACAUCAAAACUCCUGAUCUUGACAUUGAAGGACCUGAGGGAAAAAUCAAGGGCCCCAAGUUCAAAAUGCCAUCUAUGUCUGGCCCAAAGAUUUCUAUGCCAGAUGUUGACUUCAACCUGAAAGGCCCAAAACUCAAAGGUGAUGUUGAUGUGUCCAUUCCAAAAGUGGAAGGAGAUAUUAAAGCACCAAAAGUUGAAAUUGAAGGCCCAGACCUUGAGGGUCCCGAGGGAGGUUUUAAGAUGCCAAAAUUCAAAAUGCCAUCAUUUGGAGUUAAAGGUCCUAAAGGGGAGGGCCCAGAUGUUGACAUCAAUCUCCCAAAAGCAGAUGUUAAAGGACCUGAAAUUGACAUCAAAACUCCUGAUCUUGACAUUGAAGGACCUGAGGGAAAAAUCAAGGGCCCCAAGUUCAAAAUGCCAUCUAUGUCUGGCCCAAAGAUUUCUAUGCCAGAUGUGGACUUCAACCUGAAAGGCCCAAAACUCAAAGGUGAUGUUGAUGUGUCCAUUCCAAAAGUGGAAGGAGAUAUUAAAGCACCAAAAGUUGAAAUUGAAGGCCCAGACCUUGAGGGUCCCGAGGGAGGUUUUAAGAUGCCAAAAUUCAAAAUGCCAUCAUUUGGAGUUAAAGGUCCUAAAGGGGAGGGCCCAGAUGUUGACAUCAAUCUCCCAAAAGCAGAUGUUAAAGGACCUGAAAUUGACAUCAAAACUCCUGAUCUUGACAUUGAAGGACCUGAGGGAAAAAUCAAGGGCCCCAAGUUCAAAAUGCCAUCUAUGUCUGGCCCAAAGAUUUCUAUGCCAGAUGUGGACUUCAACCUGAAAGGCCCAAAACUCAAAGGUGAUGUUGAUGUGUCCAUUCCAAAAGUGGAAGGAGAUAUUAAAGCACCAAAAGUUGAAAUUGAAGGCCCAGACCUUGAGGGUCCCGAGGGAGGUUUUAAGAUGCCAAAAUUCAAAAUGCCAUCAUUUGGAGUUAAAGGUCCUAAAGGGGAGGGCCCAGAUGUUGACAUCAAUCUCCCAAAAGCAGAUGUUAAAGGACCUGAAAUUGACAUCAAAACUCCUGAUCUUGACAUUGAAGGACCUGAGGGAAAAAUCAAGGGCCCCAAGUUCAAAAUGCCAUCUAUGUCUGGCCCAAAGAUUUCUAUGCCAGAUGUGGACUUCAACCUGAAAGGCCCAAAACUCAAAGGUGAUGUUGAUGUGUCCAUUCCAAAAGUGGAAGGAGAUAUUAAAGCACCAAAAGUUGAAAUUGAAGGCCCAGACCUUGAGGGUCCUGAGGGAGGUUUUAAGAUGCCAAAGUUCAAAAUGCCAUCAUUUGGAGUUAAAGGUCCUAAAGUGGAGGGCCCAGACAUUGACAUCAAUCUCCCAAAAGCAAAUGUUGAUGUUAAAGGACCUGAAAUUGACAUCAAAUCUCCUGAUCUUGACAUUGAGGGACCAGAUGGGAAAAUCAAAGGUCCCAAGUUCAAAAUGCCUUCUAUAUCUGGUCCAAAAAUCUCUAUGCCAGAUGUUGAUUUCAACCUGAAAGGUCCAAAAUUGAAAGGUGAUGUUGAUGUAUCGGUUCCAAAAGUUAAGAGUGACAUCAAAGCACCAGAAGUAGAUAUCAAGGGCCCAGAGCUUGACAUUCAGGGUCCUGAUGGAAAAAUCAAGGGCCCCAAAUUCAAAAUGCCAUCUAUGUCUGGCCCAAAGAUUUCUAUGCCAGAUGUUGACUUCAACCUGAAAGGUCCAAAACUCAAAGGUGAUGUUGAUGUGUCUAUUCCUAAAGUGGAAGGAGAUAUUAAAGCACCAACAGUUGAAAUUGAAGGCCCAGACCUUGAGGGUCCCGAGGGAGGUUUUAAGAUGCCAAAGUUCAAAAUGCCAUCAUUCGGAGUUAAAGGUCCUAAAGUGGAGGGUCCAGAUGUUGACAUCAAUCUCCCAAAAGCAAAAGUUGAUGUUAAAGGGCUUGAAAUUGACAUCAAAACUCCUGAUGUUGACAUUGAGGGACCCGAGGGGAAAAUCAAAGGUCCCAAAUUCAAAAUGCCUUCCAUAUCUGGUCCAAAAAUAUCUAUGCCAGAUGUCGAUUUCAAUCUGAAAGGUCCAAAACUUAAAGGUGAUGUUGAUGUGUCCAUUCCAAAAGUGGAAGGAGAUAUUAAAGCACCAAAAGUUGAAAUUGAAGGCCCAGACCUUGAGGGUCCUGAGGGAGGUUUUAAGAUGCCAAAGUUCAAAAUGCCAUCAUUCGGAGUUAAAGGUCCUAAAGUGGAGGGUCCAGAUGUUGACAUCAAUCUCCCAAAAGCAAAUGUUGAUGUUAAAGGGCCUGAAAUUGACAUCAAAACUCCUGAUGUUGACAUUGAGGGACCUGAGGGGAAAAUCAAGGGUCCCAAAUUCAAAAUGCCUUCCAUAUCUGGUCCAAAAAUAUCUAUGCCAGAUGUCGAUUUCAAUCUGAAAGGUCCAAAACUUAAAGGUGAUGUUGAUGUAUCAGUUCCAAAAGUUAAAGGUGACAUCAAGGCACCAGAAGUAGAUAUCAAGGGCCCAGAGCUUGACAUUGAUGGUCCUGAGGGAAAAAUCAAGGGCCCCAAGUUCAAAAUGCCAUCUUUGUCUGGUCCAAAGAUUUCUAUGCCAGAUGUUGACUUUAACCUGAAAGGCCCAAAACUCAAAGGAGAUGUUGAUGUAUCCAUUCCAAAAGUGGAAGGGGAUAUUAAAGCACCAAAAGUUGAAAUUGAAGGACCAGACUUUGAGGGUCCUGAGGGAGGUUUUAAAAUGCCAAAGUUCAAAAUGCCAUCAUUUGGAGUUAAAGGUCCUAAAGUGGAGGGCCCAGAUGUUGACAUCAAUCUUCCAAAAGCAAAUGUUGAUGUUAAAGGACCUGAAAUUGACAUCAGAACUCCUGAUCUUGACAUUGAGGGACCUGAGGGAAAAAUCAAGGGCCCCAAAUUCAAAAUGCCAUCAAUCUCCGGUCCAAAAAUUUCUAUGCCAGAUGUUGAUUUCAACCUGAAAGGCCCGAAACUCAAAGGAGACGUUGAUGUGUCCAUUCCAAAAUUGGAAGGAGAUAUUAAAGCACCAAAAGUUGAAAUUGAAGGACCAGAACUUGAGGGUCCUGAGGGAGGUUUUAAGAUGCCAAAGUUCAAAAUGCCAUCAUUUGGAGUUAAAGGUCCUAAAGUGGAGGGCCCAGAUGUUGACAUCAAUCUUCCAAAAGCAAAUCUUGAUGUUAAAGGACCUGAAAUUGACAUCAAAAAUCCUGAUCUUGACAUUGAGGGACCUGAGGGGAAAAUCAAGGGCCCCAAAUUCAAAAUGCCUUCAAUCUCUGGUCCAAAAAUUUCUAUGCCAGAUGUUGACUUCAACCUCAAAGGCCCAAAACUCAAAGGAGAUGUUGAUGUGUCCAUUCCAAAAGUGGAAGGAGAUAUUAAAGCACCAAAAGUUGAAAUUGAAGGACCAGACCUUGAGGGUCCCGAGGGUGGUUUUAAGAUGCCGAAGUUCAAAAUGCCAUCAUUUGGAGUUAAAGGUCCUAAAGUGGAGGGCCCAGAUGUUGACAUCAAUCUCCCAAAAGCAAAUGUUGAUGUUAAAGGACCUGAAAUUGACAUCAAAACUCCUGAUCUUGACAUUGAGGGACCUGAGGGAAAAAUCAAGGGCCCCAAAUUCAAAAUGCCAUCAAUCUCUGGUCCAAAAAUUUCUAUGCCAGAUGUUGACUUCAACCUGAAAGGCCCCAAACUCAAAGGAGAUGUUGAUGUAUCCAUUCCAAAAGUGGAAGGAGCUAUUAAAGCACCAAAAGUUGAAAUUGAAGGACCAGACUAUGAGGGUCCUGAGGGAGGUUUUAAGAUGCCAAAGUUCAAAAUGCCAUCAUUUGGAGUUAAAGGUCCUAAAGUGGAGGGCCCAGAUGUUGACAUCAAUCUCCCAAAAGCAAAUGUUGAUGUUAAAGGACCUGAAAUUGACAUCAAAACUCCUGAUCUUGACAUUGAGGGACCUGAGGGAAAAAUCAAGGGCCCCAAAUUCAAAAUGCCAUCAAUCUCCGGUCCAAAAAUUUCAAUGCCAGAUGUUGACUUCAACCUGAAAGGCCCAAAACUCAAAGGUGAUGUUGAUGUAUCAGUUCCAAAAAUUAAAGGAGACAUUCAAUUACCGGAAGUAGAUCUCAAGGGCCCAGAGCUUGACAUUGAGGGUCCUGAGGGGAAAAUCAAGGGCCCCAAAUUCAAAAUGCCAUCUAUGUCUGGACCAAAGAUUUCUAUGCCAGAUGUUGACUUUAACCUGAAAGGCCCAAAACUCAAAGGAGAUUAUGAUGUGUCCGUUCCAAAAGUGGAAGGAGAUAUUAAAGCACCAAAAGUUGAAGUUGAAGGCCCAGACCUUGAGGGUCCUGAGGGAGGUUUUAAGAUGCCCAAGUUCAAAAUGCCAUCAUUUGGAGUUAAAAGUCCUAAAGUGGAGGGUCCAGAUGUUGACAUCAAUCUCCCAAAAGCAAAUGUUGAUGUUAAAGGGCCUGAAAUUGACAUCAAAACACCUGAUCUUGACAUUGAGGGACCUGAGGGAAAAAUCAAGGGCCCCAAGUUCAAAAUGCCAUCAAUCUCCGGUCCAAAAAUUUCUAUGCCAGAUGUUGACUUCAACCUGAAAGGCCCAAAACUUAAAGGAGAUGUUGAUGUGUCAGUUCCAAAAGUUAAAGGAGACAUUAAAGCACCAGAAGUAGAUAUCAAAGGCCCAGAGCUUGACUUUGAAGGACCUGAAGGAAAAAUCAAGGGUCCCAAAUUCAAGAUGCCAUCAAUCUCUGGUCCUAAAAUCUCUAUGCCAGAUGUUGACUUCAACCUGAAAGGCCCAAAACUUAAAGGAGAUGUUGAUGUGUCAGUUCCAAAAGUUAAAGGAGACAUUAAAGCACCAGAAUUAGAUAUCAAGGACCCAGAGCUUGACUUUGAAGGACCUGAAGGAAAAAUCAAGGGUCCCAAAUUCAAGAUGCCAUCAAUCUCUGGUCCUAAAAUCUCUAUGCCAGAUGUUGACUUCAACCUUAAAGGGCCAAAACUAAAAGGUGACAUGGAUGUGUCUGUUCCAAAAUUGGAAGGAGAUAUUAAAGGACCAAAAGUUGAAAUUGAAGGCCCAGACCUUGAGGGACCUGAGGUUGGUUUUAAGAUGCCAAAGAUCAAAAUGCCAUCAUUUGGCCUUAAAGGUCCUAAAGUGGAGGGCCCAGAUGUUGACAUCAAUCUACCAAAAGCAGAUAUUGAGCUUAAAGCACCAGAUAUGGAUAUUAAAACUGGAGAGGUUAACCUUGAGGGACCUGAGGGCAAAAUCAAGGGCCCCAAGUUCAAGAUGCCAUCAAUAUCCGGUCCAAACAUUUCUUUGCCAGAUGUUGACUUCAACCUGAAAGGCCCAAAACUCAAAGGUGAUGUUAAUGUAUCUGUUCCAAAUGUUAAAGGAGACAUUAAAGCUCCAGAAGUAGAUAUCAAGGGCCCAGAGCUUGACAUUGAAGGGCCUGAAGGAAAAAUCAAGGGCCCCAAACUGAAGAUGCCAUCAGUAUCUGGCCCUGAAGGUCCUAAUGUUGAGGUCAAUAUUCCGGAAACAAAUGUUAAAAAGCCAAAGUUCAAGAUGCCAAAAUUUAAAAUGCCAAAAUUUGGUUUUAAGUCACCCAAAGGAGAUAUUGAUGUUAAUGUGCCUACUAGUGAUGUCAGUAUUACAUCACCAGACAUUGACAUCAAAACCCCUGAUCUGGACAUUGAUGGACCUGAAGGAAAGAUCAAAGGUCCCAAGUUAAAAAUGCCUUCUAUGUCUGGUCCAAAGAUCUCUAUGCCAGAUGUAGACUUCAACUUGAAAAGUCCAAAAGUCAAGGGUGAUAUGGAUAUCUCUGGACCCAAGAUUGCAGGUGACAUAAAGGCUCCCAAAGUGGACAUGGAAGGUCCCGAUUUUGAUAUAGAUGGGCCAGAGGGUGGCUUGAAGAUGCCUAAAUUCAAAAUGCCAUCAUUUGGAUUCAAAGGACCUAAAAUGGAGGGCCCAGAUGUUGACUUCAAUAUCCCAAAAACAAAUGUUGAUGUCGAAGGACCUGAUCUUGAUAUUGAGGGACCUGAAGGGAAAAUAAAAGGUCCCAAGUUCAAAAUGCCUUCAAUGUCUGGCCCAAAGAUAUCUAUGCCAGAUGUUGACUUCAACUUAAAAGGUCCAAAACUGAAAGGUGAUGUUGAUGUGUCCAUUCCAAAAGUGGAAGGAGAUAUUAAAGCACCAAAAGUUGACAUUGAAGGCCCAGACAUUGAGGGUCCUGAGGGUAGUUUUAAGAUGCCAAAGAUCAAAAUGCCAUCAUUUGGACUUAAAGGUCCUAAUGUGGAGGGCCAAGAUGUUGACAUCAAUCUUCCAAAAGCAAAUGUUGACGUUAAAGGACCAGAAAUUGACAUCAAAACUCCUGAUCUUGACAUUGAGGGACCUGAGGGAAAAAUCAAGGGCCCCAAGUUCAAAAUGCCAUCAAUCUCUGGUCCAAAAAUUUCCAUGCCAGAUGUUGACUUCAACCUGAAAGGCCCAAAACUCAAAGGUGAUGUUGAUGUGUCCAUUCCAAAAGUGGAAGGAGAUAUUAAAGCACCAAAAGUUGAAAUUGAAGGCCCAGACCUUGAGGGUCCCGAGGGAGGUUUUAAGAUGCCAAAGUUCAAAAUGCCAUCAUUUGGAGUUAAAGGUCCUAAAGUAGAGGGUCCAGAUGUUGACAUCAAUCUCCCAAAAGCAAAUGUUGAUGUUAAAGGACCUGAAAUUGACAUCAAAACACCUGAUCUUGACAUUGAGGGACCUGAGGGAAAAAUCAAGGGCCCCAAGUUCAAAAUGCCAUCAAUCUCCGGUCCAAAAAUGUCUAUGCCAGAUGUUGACUUCAACCUGAAAGGCCCAAAACUCAAAGGUGAUGUUGAUGUGUCCAUUCCAAAAUUGGAAGGAGAUAUUAAAGCACCAAAAGUUGAAAUUGAAGGCCCAGACCUUGAGGGUCCCGAGGGAGGUUUUAAGAUGCCAAAGUUCAAAAUGCCAUCAUUUGGAGUUAAAGGUCCUAAAGUGGAGGGUCCAGAUGUUGACAUCAAUCUCCCAAAAGCAAAUGUUGAUGUUAAAGGACCUGAAAUUGACAUCAAAACUCCUGAUCUUGACAUUGAGGGACCUGAGGGAAAAAUCAAGGGCCCCAAGUUCAAAAUGCCAUCAAUCUCCGGUCCAAAAAUUUCUAUGCCAGAUGUUGACUUCAACCUGAAAGGCCCAAAACUCAAAGGGGAUGUUGAUGUGUCAAUUCCAAAAGUGGAAGGAGAUAUUAAAGCACCAAAAGUUGAAAUUGAAGGCCCAGACCUUGAGGGUCCUGAGGGAGGUUUUAAGAUGCCAAAGUUCAAAAUGCCAUCAUUUGGAGUUAAAGGUCCUAAAGUGGAGGGUCCAGAUGUUGACAUCAAUCUCCCAAAAGCAAACAUUGAUGUUAAAGGGCCUGAAAUUGACAUCAAAACUCCUGAUCUUGACAUUGAGGGACCUGAAGGAAAAAUCAAGGGCCCCAAGUUCAAAAUGCCAUCAAUCUCUGGUCCAAAAAUUUCUAUGCCAGAUGUUGACUUCAACCUGAAAGGUCCAAAACUCAAAGGUGAUGUUGAUGUGUCCAUUCCAAAUGUGGAAGGAGAUAUUACAGCCCCAAAAGUUGAAAUUGAAGGCCCAGACCUUGAGGGUCCUGAGGGAGGUUUUAAGAUGCCAAAGUUCAAAAUGCCAUCAUUUGGAGUUAAAGGUCCUAAAGUAGAGGGCCCAGAUGUUGACAUCAAUCUCCCAAAAGCAAAUGUUGAUGUUAAAGGACAUGAAAUUGACAUCAAAACUCCUGAAGGAAAGAUCAAAGGUCCCCAAUUCAAAAUGCCUUCUAUGUCUGGUCCAAAGAUCUCUAUGCCAGAUGUAGACUUCAACUUGAAAAGUCCAAAAGUCAAGGGUGAUAUGGAUAUCUCUGGACCCAAGAUUGCAGGUGACUUAAAGGCCCCAAAAGUGGACAUUGAAGGUCCUGAUUUUGAUAUAGACGGCCCAGAAGGUGACUUGAAGAUGCCUAAAUUCAAAAUGCCAUCAUUUGGAUUCAAAGGACCUAAAGUCGAGGGCCCUAAUGUUGACAUCAAUCUCCCAAAAGCAAAUGUUGAUGUUCAAGGACCUGAUCUUGACUUCGAGGGACCUGAAGGGAAAAUAAAAGGUCCCAAGUUCAAAAUGCCAUCUAUGUCUGGUCCAAAGAUCUCUAUGCCAGAUGUUGACUUCAACUUGAAAAGUCCAAAGGUCAAGGGUGAUGUGAAUGUCUCUGGACCCCAGAUUGCAGGUGAUAUAAAGGGUCCAAAAUUGGACAUCGAAGGUCCUGAUUUUGAUGUAGAGGGCCCAGAAGGUAGCUGGAAGAUGCCUAAAUUCAAAAUGCCAUCAUUUGGAGUCAAGGGACCUAAAGUGGAGGGUCCAGAUGUUGAAAUCAAUCUCCCAAAAGCAAAUGUUGAUGUUAAAGGACCUGAAAUUGACAUCAAAACUCCUGAUCUUGACAUUGAGGGACCUGAAGGAAAAAUAAAAGGUCCCAAGUUCAAAAUGCCAUCUAUGUCUGGUCCAAAGAUAUCAAUGCCAGAUGUAGACUUCAACAUGAAAAGUCCAAAGGUCAAGGGUGAAAUUGAUAUCUCUGGACCCAAGAUUGCAGGUGACAUAAAGGCUCCAAAAGUGGACAUCGAAGGUCCUGAUUUUGAUGUAGAGGGCCCAGAAGGUGGCUUGAAGAUGCCUAAAUUCAAAAUGCCAUCAUUUGGAUUCAAAGGACCUAAAGUGGAGGGUCCAGAUGUUGACAUCAAUCUCCCAAAAGCAAAUGUUGAUGUUAAAGGGCCUGAAAUUGACAUCAAAACUCCUGAUCUUGACAUUGAGGGACCUGAAGGAAAAAUCAAGGGCCCCAAGUUCAAAAUGCCAUCAAUCUCUGGUCCAAAAAUUUCUAUGCCAGAAGUUGACUUCAACCUGAAAGGCCCAAAGCUCAAAGGAGAUGUUGAUGUGUCAGUUCCAAAAGUUAAAGGAGACAUUAAAGCACCAGAAGUAGAUAUGAAGGGCCCAGAGCUUGACUUUGAAGGACCUGAAGGAAAAAUCAAGGGUCCCAAAUUCAAGAUGCCAUCUAUGUCUGGCCCAAAGAUUUCUAUGCCAGAUGUUGACUUCAACCUAAAAGGUCCAAAACUUAAAGGGGAUGUUGAUGUGUCCAUUCCUAAAAUGGAAGGAGAUAUUAAAGGACCAAAAGUUGAAAUUGAAGGCCCAGAUCUUGAGGGUCCUGAGGGAGGUUUUAAGAUGCCUAACAUCAAAAUGCCAUCAUUUGGACUUAAAGGUCCUAAAGUGGAGGGCUCAGGUGUUGAUAUUAAAGGACCUAAAAUGGACAUUAGAACUCCUGAUCUUGACAUUGAGGGACCUGAGGGCAAAAUUAAAGGUCCCAAGUUUAAAAUGCCUUCCACAUCUGGCCCAAAGAUCUCUAUGCCAGAUGUUAACUUAAAUUUAAAAGACCCCAAAUUCAAGUGUGACGUGGAUGUUUCUGGACCAAAGAUAACAGGUGACAUGAAUGCUCCAAAAUGGGACAUUGAAGGUCCUAAUAUUGAUAUAGAGGGCCCAGAGGGUGGCAUAAAGAUGCCAAAAAUCAAAAUGCCUUCAUUUGGAAUGAAAGGCCCUAAAGUGGAGGGUCCAGAUGUUGACGUCAAUCUCCCAAAAGCUGGUUUUGAUAUCAAAGGACCUGAAAUUGAUGUUAAUGCUCCUGAUCUUGACAUUGAGGGACCUGAGGGGGGUUCAAAAGAUCUUAAGUUCCCAAAAUUCAAAGGGCCCAACUUUGGAAUAAAGUCUUCGGGUGGAAGUCUUUCAGUACCUGAAAAAGAUUAUAAGGCGAGCAGUGAUAUUAACAUUAGUGGACCAGAUGCUAACAUCAAGGUUCCAAAAACCAAGAAAUCUAAAUUUUCACUUGGAGUUAAGAGCCCAAAAUUGAAUGCAGACAUUCCUGAUGCUGGUGGUAGUUUAGAUGGACCUGAUAUGAACAUAGAUGUAAAAGGAAAAAAGGGUAAAUUCAAAUUGACCAAAGGGAAAGGGAAGUCCAAAACUUUUGAUGGUGAUCUGAAGACUGAAGUUGUCAAGUUGGAGACAAAUGAACCUGAUUUACAGUUGAAGUCAACCAAAGUAAAGAAACCUUUUUUUGGAAAAUUACAUUUUCCUGAUGUGGAAUUUGACAUUAAAUCUCCAAAAGUUAAAGGUAGUUCUGCAUCAGGAACUAUUAAAUCAUCUGAUGUUGAUUUGCCGUCUGCAAGUCUUAAAGCUGAUAUUCAGACACCAGAUGCUAGUUUGGACAAUCCAGAUUUCAAAACAAAAAGGGGGGAAAUAAAAAUGCCAAAAAUCAGCAUCACUGGCUCUAAAUUAAAAACUCCUGAACUGGAUGUUAGAGGUGGAACAUUGGAGACCUUGCAUUCCCCAGAUGUCAGUGUAGCAGGAUCAGGCAUUAAUGGAAAAGGCAAUGCUAAAAUUGAUAUGGAAGGAAAAACACAGGGGACAGUGCAGUCUGUAAAUGUCCAUGGCGUGGCUUUAGAUGCUGAUUUAAAUCUCACUGAACGAAAAGGAGUAGAAGGGAGCAUUGAAAUACCAGGUUUCAAUGUGAAGGGACAAAAGGGAGUGGCUGCAAGUGGGUUAGACAUGAAGCCAGAAGCAUCAUUAUCUGGGGUUGGGUACCCAGAAGGUAAUGUAACCUUUCCUAAAAUCAAAGUGCCAAAGUUUGGUGUUGCAUUGCCUAAAGUAGAAGGAAAAGAGAUGGGCGUAGAUGUAGGUUCAGGUGAAUUGGCUGCUGGUGUUAAAGUUAGUUCCCAAAGUCUAGAAAUGCAGAGCACUGAGAUGAAAAGCAGUGGUGGAAAAAUGAAAGUCAAAAUGCCAAAACUGUUUUUCAAAUCUAAAUCUAAAGGUGGCAGUGCAGCUGAUCUUUUUGUUGAGGGAGAAGAUGCUGAUCUUACAACUAAAGGUGGCGCAAAUGUGUCUAAGGAGUUAAGUCUUAGUUCUGGGGAAUUGAUAAGUGGCAAGUUGGCAGUAGAGGGAAGCUCUGGAUUUAAGGGUUCACCAAAGAGUAAAUCCGCCUCCCUUGAUUUUUUCAAAAAAACACGACAUCACUCCUCUGUAGGUGAUGAGGGAGGUUUAGCUGUCCCUGUUGCUCCUGAAGGGCACUUACAGGCUGAGGGUGGCAACAUUUUAAUAGAUGGUGAAGAAACAAUGAUUAAAAGCAAAAAAGGAAAGUUGAAGUUUGCAACAAUUGGAGGUUUUAGCUCGAAAAGUAAAGGUUCGUAUGAAGUGACAGAUGAAAGUGAGGUUAGGAUUGAGGGUGCUGGUGGAGUUGCUCAGCCUUUAAAGAAGUCCAGAAUGUCGUCGUCAUCUAGCAGUGAUAGUGGUUCAAAAGGUAGUUUUCGGUUACCACAACUCGAAAUAGCCGUUUCGCCAAAGAAAUAGUUUUUUACACUAGUAUAUAUAUACACAGUACACUCACUUUUUUUUUUUUUUUUCAUUUUGUUGACUACAUGCAAAUCUGUCUUUCACUUAAACAAUAGUGCACUGUUUCUUCAAUUUCCACAAAUGUUCUUUACAGGCAUUGAUAUUUUUUGAAUCACAAUUUAACUGUAAAUAAGAGACAUCUGUUAUGUAAUUUUAAUUCUUUUGUUUUGUAGAUAGGAAUUUCAUGUCCAGUCCAACAAUGUGUGUAGUUGAUACAAAAUAUUCUGCAUGUAGCUUUGAUUUGUCAUCUGAUAACUUGUUAUAUUUUUAUACCAUUGAAAGUUUUGGGAUUCUUGUCCUUUCUAAAAUUGUCUGGAUACAUUUACACACAAGAGGCAUGAUUUUACAAUAGUUAUAUUUGAAAGGAUUUUAUGACUUCAACUUCUUUUAUGCAUUUAGUGAUGUAUCAUAUGUACUCAUCACAGAUCAAUAACUGAUUACAACAGUGAUUAACCAGAUAUAAUUUGUAAGCACAAUGAAGUUUAAGGGCUGUACAAACUGUAAAUAAAUUGAUUCAAAAUAGAUACAUUUGAUAACAUAACAUUGUCUCCCACAUAAUAUAACACUUCAAAUAUUAUGGAAUUUACACAGAGAUUAUAAUCUUCUAAAGUAUUUAUAUCUAAGACUUUCUUUUCCAUUGAUUAAUUGAAUCUCUUUAAAAUGCACACCAGGUAGCAGUUGACAAACAAAAGCUGCAACUUGUUUAAUUUUAAUGGUUUCUAAGGCAUUUUACUCUUUGUUAUAUCUUCCACAUUUCUUUACAUCCAGUUGACUCUCUCUCUUCCUCUCACUAAAUUUAUGAAAUGUCGUGCUUUAAUGUGGGGAUAUAACUACAGGGAGUCUAAUGCCAAUGGUUAAACAUUAAUAUUUUGAAAAGACAUAAAAUGUGCUUUGCCCUUGUAAAUAAUGGGACAUUUAGGCUUCAAGUUUAACUCUUUCAUGUAUGAUUUGCAAAACUUAAAUAAAGUGAUCAACUUUCAAUACA